CUUCCAUUGGCUCCUUCCCGAGGGACGUCACAGUAGGAGGUGCUCACCGAUUGGCCACGCGCCCGACCUGUCCCCGACGCUGAUUGGCUCACCUGCCGAGAGCGUGUCCCACCUGUUGUGUCCCUCCUGGUCGCGAGGUUCCUCUGCAGAGGUCGAUGCAGCCGGAGGAGGCAGGUGAACCACUUCUGCCGAGAUCUGAAACCUUCACAUCCUGAACAUCCGAGACGUUAUUUCUCCAACAGCUCAGACUCUCGGCGUGUGAAGACCGGCGCCCCCCCCCCCACCCCCUCCUCCUCCUCCUCCUCCGUCCUUGUCCUCAUGCGAUGCCGAGGAAUGACUCGUGGCCAGGCGACGUUGCCAUGGAAACCCUGAGCAGUAUGGACGGUGCCGGCAGCUGCGAGAGCGUCAUCAGCAUGAACUCUGGCUACACUAGCGAAGACAGUAUGGAGCACUUAUCUGCAGAAGAGCGAGCGUGCCUCAUGUUUCUGGAGGAAACCAUCGAGGCGCUGGAGGUGCAGGAGGACAGCGGCUUUUCCAACGAUGAACCAGAUCCGGGGUUACAGGCAGAACCCGCGGGCCAGACGAGGCUGAACGGCAUUUCCAGUUUCACGUCGGACGAGCUCGGGGGAGCUGAGCAUCAGACCUCUGAGCCGCGGGACCGUCCCGUUUCGGCGGCCGACGCGGGAGAUCUCGUCCCGGCGUCUCUGGACCUCGCCGCUCCAGAAUCGGCGACCGGUUCCGGAGUCCCUCCGUCAGAUCCGCAGCCCGAGGCGCUGCACGUAGCCAAGGACGGAAACGGAAACCUCAAGAUUGUCAGAAGUGCCGGUCCUCGCCCCGGUGGGUCCGCUGAGGCCUCUGGAGUAGACGUGGGCCUGAUCCCGCCUCCGUCGGACUUCAUGGACAAACCGCGGCCUCUUGCCCUCCUCGCGAAGGCCAAAGAGCUUCCUCCGCCUGCGGGGACGUCCGGCAGCAAGACCGGAGCUGCUGUCGACCUGGAACAACUGCGUCAGAGGGCCACUGGGAGGAGAACUUCAGCGAGCCCCUCCGUGACCCUGGAAAGUCCAAACAUGCCCCCAACCGAGGCGCCUCCCAGUCCGAGCCCGCCGGCCGUCACGGGUCCUCCCCCCGAGGCUGCUGAGCCCAGGAGUCCACCUGCCGUGGCCCCUAAGCCCAAGAAGCUUCCUGCCAACAUUAUUCUGAAGACACACAGGUCACCAGGCGGCGGCGGCGGCGGCUCUGACGGCAGCUCGGGACAUCCGGCCCCCGCUGCCAGUGACCGGGGGCUGUCGGACGCUCAGAGAGUUCGCAUCGAGGCUCUGCGGAAGCUCGGCCUGCUGAAAAGUGACGAGUCGGAUCCGGGUCCUGCGCCGAGCCCCAAACUUUCCCCCAAAACCAGACGCUCGUGGGGCGCUCCUCCUUCCCCCGUCAGCCCAGCCGCUCCACACACACCUGCCCUAGCACCAGCCAACACCUACGUCCUCAGCCCACCUCCGACCUCUGACCCUCCACCGUCGCCUCCUGCUCGGGCCGCAGCGCCAGAUGUUCUUCCUGCUCCCGCUGCUUUCUGCGACCAAACCCGCCGCCAGCCGUCAGAUCGCGACCCGUCCGCCGGGCCUCCUCCCAGCCCUCCCACCUUGACCAAGCAGUUAACCCCACCCAGGAUCAUCGGCAUGAAAAAAUCCGCCACCCUGGAGCGCUCCGGCCCGGGUCUCAGCAGCUUCAUGGCCGGUCUGGACCCCGGUGAGGACGGUCAGGGCGGCGGCGGCGGCGGGCUGAGCCCCAGGCAGCUGCGUAACACCCGGCCGCGGCCCGCCUCUCUGGGGAGCAGGACGGAGUUCUCAGGCGGCCACGGGGGGACUUUGCAGGCGGGCCGCGCCGCCGGGCAGGAGCCGGACUCGCGGCGGCCCCUGCCGGCCUACCAGCACUCCAGAGACGCUCAGAAGCUGCCUCGAUCCGAAGGCAUCAGCGUGCUGAUCUGCCCGCGGUCGGAGAACGAGGCGGACCGCCGGCAGGCGCUGAAGAAGCUGGGCCUGCUCAGGGACUGACGCCCCCCUCCUCCCCCGACCUCCGCCCUCGUCUCCCUUCACUCACGCCAUGAAGGCAUCAUGAGUCUUUCGGGGAAGCGUCUCAACAACACAUUUAUUGCUGCACAGAUCCUUUAAAACCUGACGUGACCGGCCACGCGGUCGCGCCCGCCACUCGUUACUGAUGUCGUUCAGCCAUAUGUUCUGCGUUUUUAUUCCUCGUCCAACUGGCGGACUAGUUGGACUUUACGCGUCGUCCUGUCGCUGUGGGUUUUUCUUUCUAAACUGAACACUGUUACAGUCCAGAGGCAACGAAAAACCUCCUUUGUCCGUGGAUUGUCUGGUGAUCUUCAGCGGCGAACGUCGUCCACGUCGCUGUCACUCAGUGAGGCUGCUUCCCUUCUUACUUCUGCUUUCAUAUGAACUGUGAAAUGUCACUUUCAUAUAAACUAUCACUUCCUUAAAAUUCACUGGAAUUUGAUGACCACAAGAAGGUUUUUUUUGUUUUUUUUUGGAUCUAGCACUUGAUUCAUAUUCAAGUUUGAAUGAGUUUGUUGAUUUGAAUGAAUAAAAAAACUAAACAGGGA